CGGGUGCUGCCGAGCUCUGCGUCCUUGCUCUCAGGCUCUUGGAGUAAGGUGAGUUAGGAUGCGAGGACCUCAGAUUCAUUGUGUUUUUCCAGCGUGGUGACAGUUUCUUGUCAAAGGAGAGAAGGGACUGCCUCUGCCUGCCGUUGCUCUGGUUACUAUCCUGCUUCCCUGCUGCUGUCCCGCGAGUUCUCGACCCUCUUCCCCAGCACCCUUUUUCUGGUAGAAGGCUCAGCAUGCACUGGGAUGUUGCCUUAUCUCUGGCACAACAAUAAUCCUACCAUACAGAGGGGGAGAAGAGGAGGAGGGAAUAAGAAAUUUUGCCUGUGCUACUGUGACAUGAGUUUCAAUAUGUUGGUCCUGGUUUUCCUUCCUGCUAACUUUUCCUCAUUUUCCUACCCAUUUACUCUUUUGCUGUUUACCUUAUAGCUUGUACCUAAGAGUGCAGCCUGGGGUAGGUGCUUGCAUCUUGUGCUCAUGUGGAAUCUAUUUUAGACCCUUUGCGGGGCCUCAUUCCAAACUAUGUGCCCUUCAACCUAAACUCUGUAGCAGGAGUCUUGAUUUUUUUGAGACCUAUUUAGAGUCUUCUAACACAUGGGGAAGUUUGGCAGCAUUGUAAGCUGAGUGAAAAAAGCUGGGGUUACAUUGCUGAAUUAAGUACGGAAAGGAUUUGCGUGCACUUUGUCUUUUCUUCACGUUGUACCUUGUACUGACAAAGACACCUAAGUUAGCAGAGCAGAAAUACAUCCUAAGUGCUUUGAGGUGGCUAAGCCAAACAGCUUGAAAUCAGUUUCUGGAAAAAUAAGAGUUUGCCCUCCCUGAUGCCUGAGGAUUCCUGUUUCUGAGCCCACUGACGUGCUGAGCCUGACUCAGUCCCCGGGAGCCGGGACGCCUGGCCAGCAGCGCUCCGGAGCGCCAGCAGAUGGGGCGCGGAGCGCGGCCGGCGGCGCUGCCGGCCCUGCGGCGUGCGGAGCCCGGCUGGGGCUGCGCCAGGCUCCGAGGUAAGUUCCGCUCGCAUUGCGCCUUCCUUGGGCUUUAUGUUGCAGGAUGUACUAGUAAUACCACCGCAGAAUUCCGUUAUUUUUCCUUAAGGGGCUUAAGGAUAUUUUUCUAUGACGUAAUCUGCAGGCAAAAUGCCUAUUCUUUAAAUUUUAGUUUAUAGGCAGCAGUGGUUCUAAAACUUCUCGAGACUUCACAGGGCUAUUAGGGAUUAGUUGGAGGAAUGUCUUUAGGGCAGCUGAGCAAUUUCUGUCAAUCUCCCUUUAGGCAGAAUUGGAAUACAUUGUAGAAUAAAUUCAUUCCCUGCAUAAUUCUAGUAAAAUAGAGAAUCACGUAUCACAUCUGGGAGGCUUAAUUUCUGAUUGUAACUACAUAAAUCAACAGAAAGCAUCUCUCUCAAGAAUAUUUUGAGACCCAUACAGCGAUUGAGUUACAAAUGCAUUUUUCAUGUCCUUAUUGUGAAAUGGAGGUCAUAAAAUACAUCAGAAGAUUGAAAUGAGGCUCUUGGAUAUAGAUCAUCAUCCAUUAAAUUAGUGUCUCUCACUGGGCUUUAGUUUCACUGCAUUCGACAGUCUGAAUUAAUUGAGUUCAACAGAACAGUCUCCUAACAGCAGAAAAUCUCAAUCAGUUUCUAAAAUGUAUAUGCAUAGAGUCUUUGAAGCCUGUACCAUACCUGUCUCCAGCAAAUAACUUCUGAUUGCCUGAAUAAUAGUACAGAUAAUGUUUCAGUAAAUUCCUUGAAGUCUGAGAGCAAAAUCUGCACUUCCUUAAGAGCCGAAUCUCUUGAUGAGAAAAGAGUUGAGACUGAAAGCCAACUUAAGUGUUAGGAGAAGCCCAUGCAUAGGUCAGAAGAAGUUACUGAAAUUAAUCAUUCUUAACUUUUGAGAAGCAAGGAAAUUCUGUCUCACAUUUCUCCCCCAUCAGAUUUCUUUUCUGAAUAGCAAAGAACUAAAAUCGUCUGAACAAGCUAAUAAAGUCAUCUAGGAAGUUGAGCUCAUUUCCAACAUUAGAAUAAACGCUGUACCUACAAAAGAGGUGAGUUCAUAGGAAGCUGAUGGCAAGCUCUGUUUCCCUAAAUGUUCAGAGCUUUGUUUGUCUUUUUCUAAAAGCACAAAAGAAGUGAUGUCUUAGUGGUUAAAUCAAAACCUCCAGCAUUUCCCAUAAAAUACUCUUAGCAAAUUAGAAAUGUUGGGAGUCGAGCCUGCUAGCUUCUGUCUGCUGUGUGCUUGCCUAUGGUCAAAGGAAGAUCCUUUAAAGGACAUAGGUCUAAACAGAGGAUCUUCUAAUUAUGUAAGUUAGUUUGAUACUUGGGUAAAGGAUGAUUUCCAUAUCAUAUUGCUCAAAGAGCUGUUGGGAUGUGGAGUGAAUAUUGUAAUAAUGCAAUAAUACUUGUCACUAAGUAUCCGUUUGGAAGCAUAAUGAGAUUUUACCUGGUAUUCUUCCCAGCAACUGGGGGAUAUUUUAUUCUUCAAAAGUUGUUGGCUCAAUUUUGCAUCUAGUCAAGUCAGGUGGAUUUUGCCAUGUCAAGUAGAUACAGGAGCAUGAAGGAGAAUAUGACCUCAAAAGUAGAUGCAGAUAAGUCACAGCCACCAGAUUCAAACUAGAAGCAUAGUGGAGGUCUCCUUAAGGUUUUGACUUAGCCUGUCAUAUACCCAAGGGAUCGUUAAGAAAAUGUGUGUUUGCACAUAUCCAUUACCCACCAAACAUCCACAGGUCAGACCUGGGGUUUAGGUACACGUAUAUCUUUGGUAGCAGUCACAUAAAAAAAUCAACAGCAGGUUGUAUUUCCUUUCCUAUAAGGGUAAACGGAUAACAAAGGAUGACACAAUUUAAAAUUAGUAAAAGAGAGCGGUUUUUCAAGUGUGUGCACUAAGUGGAGUGGAAAAUGUUCCUACUGUCUUUCUCUGAAUUCCAGUGUUAGAGCUCUGCAUUUCUGCUUAUUUUUCCUAUUGUGUCUUGUAGAGCUCCAGUGAUUACCCCGGCCAGCUAAUUCUGUUCUGAGAUUGUAAUGCAUUAUACCAUUUCUGUAUAACAGGAAAGGAACUUCCUCUUUAAAGCUACGUAUUACUAAGGAUUUCUGAUGGGCGGAGUUUUCUCUUGAGCAGGCUAAAUAAAGGCUUGCAGGAUUUACAGACCUCUCAGAUUGCAAUCAGCAUGAACUGCAGCCUGCCAGAGAGAGUGCUGCUCGGCUACGCGAUGGAUGGACAGCAGGACAGGUUGUGCCUUCAGUCUCUUUGGGACUUUGUCACAGCAAAGGAGCCAUUGAUCAAGUCACCAUUUUUUCCAGUGCUGUUUUCUUUUACAGCAUACAUGGCUUUCUGUCUUCCAUAUAUUGCACUGGACUUUUUAAGCACUAGACUACCAAACUUGAGAAAAUACAAAAUCCAGCCACAGAACUAUCCAACUCUUGGAAUGAUGGUGCCUUGCAUUAUUCAAAGUGCAUAUCACCAUGUUGUUCUGAUCUUCCCGGUGACAUUUCUCCACUGGUACUGGAGACCAAUGAAUCUACCAGUGAUAGCUCCAGAGCUGCCUGAGGUCCUGCUGGGAGUAGUAGUUUGCCUGCUUCUGUUUGAUUUUGAGUACUUCCUGUGGCAUUUGCUUCAUCACAAGGUGCCUUGGCUCUACAGGACCUUCCACAAGGUGCAUCACAAGCAUGUGUCGACGUUUGCUCUUACUACACAGUACUCCAGUGUAUGGGAAUUGCUCUCGCUGGGAUUUUUUGCUGCUAUCAACCCAGUGCUCCUCGGAUGCCAUCCUUUGACAGAAAUGAUUUUCUUCCUUGUAAACAUUUGGUUGUCAGUGGAGGACCAUUCAGGCUAUGACCUUCCAUGGUCAACUCACCGACUUGUGCCGUUUGGUUUGUAUGGAGGAGCACCGCAUCAUGAUCUCCAUCAUCUGAAAUUCAAAUCAAACUAUGCUCCUUACUUCACCCACUGGGACAAACUCUUUGGGACAUUCACAGAGUCGCAUUAUAAUUAAGGAUAUUUACCUGUGGAUGAACACUUAUUUUUUAUAGACUAAACUGGGACAUUAAGUUUUGAAAGAUGUACAAAAGAUUGUAUAUUUGAAGCUGCCUAAGCAAUAGCUAUUUAUAAAAAUCCUCUUAAUAUAUGUGUAUUUGUAUGUAUACUUGGAACUGCCUAUGUUAAGUGACUGCAGAUGGGAGGGUAAAUAUCUCUUGCUUAAAUUUGUUUGAGUCAAAGGUGUAAGGGAAGCAUUAAGAGACAUUCUCUCUUCUUUCCUUCUUUUCAGCUUUCAUAAAGCAUGUAUUGUAUUACUGUAUGAUGUUUUAUACAUACGCCAGAACAAUUAUCUUACUGUUGUAGGAUGAUUUAUGAUGUAAACAGAAAAGGUACACAUCAUGGAUUUUGUGGCGUUUAAUCUGCCAGAGCAUAUUAUUGCACAAUGAUGUUGUAAAAUAUUGCUGCCAAACAAAGCUAGUUGGCUACCUGUGCAAUAAUUUUGAUAUUUAUAUUUUAAAACUUGAUGUACUAUCUGUUUUUAAUAGAAAAUAAAUAUGGUCAUUCUUUUAAAA